AUGGCUGGAGAACUGCAGCUGGCCGCCAUCGACUGGCAGAGCCCCAGCAACAGCCUGCAGCACCACACGGCGGAGAUGAGCGGCGAGCAGCUGGUUGUGAGGAGGGGGCAGCCCUUCACCGUCACCCUCCACUUCCACUCCCGCGGUUACCAGCCUGGGCUGGACUGCAUGUACCUGAUUGCAGAGACAGGGCCACAGCCAGAGCCGCAGUUGGGCACGCAGUCCGUCUUCCUCGUGGGUCAGGGCCAGCAGGACGCGAGGCCCGUCUGGAGAGCCUCCUGCGUCGCCAGUGGGCCCCGAUCCACAGACAUCACCUUGUGGGCUCCAGCCGAGGUCCCCAUUGGGCGUUACCAGCUGAAGUCCCGCAUUGACUCUGGCCAGGCCUCGUCCUCCUACCUCCUGGGGGAGUUCAUCCUGCUCUUCAAUGCUUGGUGCCCAGAUGACGACGUGUAUCUGCAGAGCGAAGAGGAGAGGCAGGAGCACGUCCUGAACGAACACGGCCUCAUCUACCAGGGGAACAAGGAGUGGAUCCAUCCAGCUCCCUGGAACUAUGGACAGCUUGAGGAGGACGUUGUGGACAUCUGCUUGAACCUGCUGGAUAGAAGCUUGAACUUUCGGCACAACCCUGCCAGGGACUGUGCCUUGCGCGGCAGCCCCGUUUACGUCAGCCGGGUGCUGAGCGCCAUGAUCAACAGCAAUGACGACAGCGGAGUCCUAGUGGGGAACUGGACCGAAGAUUAUUCGGAUGGCAUCCGGCCCAACGACUGGAGCGGCAGCACGGCCAUCCUGAGGCAGUGGGACCGUGCAGGGGGCCGGCCGGUCAAGUACGGCCAAUGCUGGGUCUUUGCAGCCGUGAUGUGCACAGUGAUGCGGUGCCUUGGGAUCCCCACCCGUGUGGUGACAAACUUUGAGUCGGGACACGAGAAGGACGGCAACUUGGUUAUUGACAUAUUCCUUGACCAGACCGGCCGGCUCCUGCCCACGGAGACCAACGACAGCAUCUGGAACUUCCACGUGUGGAAUGAGAGCUGGAUGGCGCGGAGGGACCUCCCCCCGGGGUACGGGGGCUGGCAGGUGGUGGAUGCAACGCCCCAGGAGCUCAGCCAAGGGCUGUCCCGCUGCGGCCCGGCCUCUGUCCGAGCCAUCCGGGAAGGAGACCUGAGCCUCGGCUACGACGCCUCCUUUGUGUUCUCCAUGGUGAACGCCGAUCGUGUGGUCUGGCUGGUCCACGGGACGGCGAAGGAGGUGCUCCAGUGGGACUCGUGCGCCGUCGGAAACCGUAUCAGCACCAAGCGUGUCGGCAGCAACGAGCGGGAAGACCUCACCCACAGCUACAAGCACAAGGAAGGGUCCCCGGAGGAGCGCCGCGUGUUCAUGAAGGCCUUGGCCCAGAGGCAGCCGCUCGGCGCUGCUCAGCCUGGGGCUGGACUCCCUCCGGCGGGGCUCAGCGCCUUGUCCAGACAUUCUUCUCCCCAAGCAGGGGCCCAAACCUUCCUCAAGCUGAAGCUGGUGGAGAGCCCAGAGGUCGGCCAGGACAUCCAGCUGAUGCUGGUGGGCCGCAACCUGGAGCCUUCCCCCAAGGAGCUGCAGCUGAGCCUCAGCGCCCAGGGCGUGCUGCACACCAGCCGGCCCCAGCCCCCCUUCUGGCAGGACAAGAUCUACCUCUCCUUCGGCCCCCAGGAAGAGAAGCAGCUGCGCUGGCGGCUCGCCUACAGGCAGUACGGCAAGCACCUCGGCGAGGACAGGCAGCUCCACGUCAUCGCCAUCGGGGAGGAGAACACCUCCUGGCAGAAGGUGCUGGCGGAGAAGACCGUCACCGUCGCCAGCCCCGCCCUGGGGAUCCAGGUCUUGGCUCCCGUGGUGCUGAACCAGGCCUUCCCCCUCCAAGUGGACUUCGCCAACCCCCUGCCCGAGCCCGUGCAGCACUGUGUCUUGACUGUGGAGGGCAGUGGGCUGGUGAGGGGCCAAGCCCAGAUCGCGUUGGGGCCUCUGGAAGCGCAGAGCCAGACCAGGGUCAAGCUGCAGCUGACUCCCUACAAGAGCGGGCUGAGGCAGCUGCACGCCAGCCUCACCAGCAGCCAGUUCCCACCCAUCAAGGGGCACAAGCAGCUGCAGGUAGCCCCCGGCCCAGGCGGAGGAUGGAGGAGGAGCAGGAGGCCUUAGCUGCCGCAGCCACAACAACAGCGGAAGAGCCCAGGUGGCAGUGGUGGUGCCUGGCACGCUGGCACUAGCAGAAUGCGUUGUGCCACAAGGACAAGGACUGCUUUGCACUCCCCCCCAGGCCCCGCUAAUAAAUCUUGGAAGC